AUGUGGACGAACAUCUUAAAGUCGUUUUUCUUGUUUUGCUUAAUAAACGCACACCUGAACUUUUUCUUCGGGCAAGACAACCACUCCCUAGGAGGACACCUUGCGACAGACAGAACCGCUCACAAUGACUCCGCUUUACGAAAUCGGAUGCUUCAAGAAGAAAAGCCCCACUGCGACCAGUGGACGGAGUGGUCCGAAUGUUCAAAGUCCUGCGACAUAGGAGUCAAACUGAGGGUUCGAUCCAGCAGCCAAAAGGAAUACUCCCGAGAAUGCUCCAACAUCACAGAAACUACCGUUUGCUUCUUGAACAAUUGCUCAGACUCGAAGGAAACAAGAGAGCGAGACGAAAAAGAACAAAGAGAAAAUGAAAAAAACAGUGCCAAGCGAAAGUAUCUGCUAAUUUUGAGCAUCUUCUCAGCCAUAAACGUAGUCAUACUGCUCGUAUGCGUAAUUAUGUCCAUCAAGAAAAAAGUCAUCUAA